GAAGACAUUCCUGGAGUUAAAGAAGCCCUGCAGAACAACGACACUGCUGCAGCAGCUGCAAAGAUUCAAGAAAAUUUAAAACAACAAAAUAAUAUCCCACUAAAUAUCGCCAUCACAGGAGAAUCUGGCUCAGGGAAAUCCACCUUUGUUAAUGCCUUCAGGGAACUAUGUGAUGAUGAGGAGGGAGCUGCUCCUACUGGUGUUACAGAAACCACCUCAGAGGUCACACCGUACCCCCAUCCAAACUAUCCCAAUGUUACUUUUUGGGAUCUUCCUGGAAUCGGCACCACCAACUUUCCAGCUAAGAAGUACCUGAAGCUUGUUGGAUUUCAGAAGUUUGACUUCUUCAUCAUCAUCUCAGACACUCGCUUCAGAGAAAAUGAUGUGAAACUCGCAAAGGAGAUUCAGAAGAUGAAGAAAAAGUUCUACUUUGUUCGUACAAAGAUCGACAACAACAUACGUGAUGAGAAAAGAAAGAAAGACUUCAAUGAAGAGGAGACUCUUACAAAGAUCAGAGAAGACUGUGUUCAAGGACUCAGCGGAUUAGGCAUCAAGUCUCCGCAGGUCUUCCUGGUGUCCACCUUUGAGCUCCACCUGUAUGACUUCCCUCUGUUACAGCAGACCUUAGAGAGAGACCUUCCAUCAAACAAGAGGGACACUCUGCUCUUCGUCAUGCCCAACAUAAACCCAGAGAUCAUCAUCAAGAAGAAAAAAUCUUUCAAGCGCCGAUUAUAUUGGUUGGCCACUCUGUCUGCACUUGGAGCAGCUGUUCCAGUUCCUGGACUUUCUAUUGCUGUUGAUGUUGCUGUGCUGGCUGGUGCUGUCACACAUUAUGUUCAUGCGUUUGGUCUCGAUGUCCCGUCUCUGGCGAGACUGUCUGACAGAACAGGUGUGCCCUACGCUGAUUUGUGUGCCGUCAUCCUUUCACCACUGGCUGCAGCAAAAAUAACUAUAGAGCUCCUCAUGAAGGUUGUGACCCAAGUGGGACGCACAGCUACAUUAAUUGCAGCAGAGGAAGUAUCCAGAUUUAUUCCCAUUGUUGGAAUCCCAUUAGCAAUGGGUCUCUCUUUCGCCACAACCUACACAAUUCUGAAAUCGAUCCUCAACGAGCUCGCUGAUGAUGCUGAGAAGGUGUUUGUCAAGGCUCUUGGUUUGAACACAUCAGUGUGAAUUUAAAAAUUAAAGAUGAAUGAAGCUUAAGAGUACAAAUGAAAAUAGUUAAAAUCAUUAAAUAUUAAUAUACUGAAACCAAAUCAUGUUGCAGCUGCAUAUUUGAGCCAUUAUCCUACUAUAGCUGAUAAAUGUAUCAGAGGCCUCAGCAGGUCUCAUUUCUUCUCAUCAUCACAUCAAUACAGGAACAAAUGUGAUGUUAUUAUUCAGAUAAAACCUGCUAGAAGAGCUCUGUUCUAAUCCGUUGUCUGAUUUUGUGACAUCAUCACUUUUACAGAUCAGGUGAUGGGAUAGUUACUCCAGAAACAUCAUCAUCUGAACUUCUUUUGUUUGAUUUACUUUGUGAUUAAACUAUUUUUGAUAUCAUAUUCUAGCUUACAGCAUAUUAAAUACUUUUAAUGCAGAGUGUUUGAUGAUGAACAGACGUGUGUAGAACAGAAACUGCUCUGUGGUGUUUUUGUCCUGUUGACUAUAGAUUGUAAUAAGAGUUCACUGCCCUCCGGUGGUCACUGUGAGGAACUACCACACAAAUAAUACUGAUAUGAUUCCUAAUGUUUAUCAACGUUAUA